AUGUCCUCAUCGGAUACUACUUUAGAUGUAAAAAUCAAAAAUCUACAAAAGUCAGCGAUUAAUUUAACUAAAAUAUCAAAAAAUUUACUCAAAGCUGACGAUCUCGCAUUUCAAAAGAGUAUCGAUGGAGAUUUCAGCGCAAAAUGCAAUCAAGCGGAGGAAGGCGUAGUGGAUAACAUAAACCAAUUACUUGGAUUUGUUAAUGGGAAUAGCAGGGAGUUAGACGCUGAUGAUUUGGUUGGUGAUACAAAGCCAGUAGGUGAAGUCGUUGAUCAGCUUUUGGAGGAUAGCUCUAUCAACAUCGAUAAGCACACAAAUAGCUAUAACAAGCCGUCCUUAUCGAAAGACUUGGAUCCUUCAAUCUACAAUGACAAAGCUAUUCAAACAAAACCACAAUCAAAGUGGUUUUCGAAGGUUGAUAACUCAAAUACUCAUUGGAAGCCACUCAUUACUCACAAGCCAAACGCUAAAACUCCCCUCACUUGGUCUAGCGUUGACGACGGUGUUCUUAAUCACCCUUACAAACAUGAAAUAGAUACAAUACAACACCCCUCGAAUCAACUUUCACUCCACGAUCCAAUCGAGCAGGGCACUUUUGAACAAACUCCUUUUACUUGGGUGGAUAAUGAAGAUACUUUAAAUUUACUACUGGAGAAAUUGAAUAAGGUUUCAGAAAUUGCCAUCGAUUUGGAACAUCAUGAUUUCAGAUCGUACCAUGGAUUCGUUUGUUUGAUGCAAAUAUCAAUCAGAGGCGAAGAUUUCAUAAUAGACACCCUAGAAUUAAGGGAUCAACUCAUUAAAUUGAAUGAUCCUUUCACUAAUCCAAACAUCGUAAAGGUUUUUCACGGUGCUGACUCUGAUAUCAUAUGGUUACAGCGUGAUUUUGGCGUAUACAUUGUCAACAUGUUUGAUACGUACCACGCAACCAGAGUAUUAGGAUUUAAUCAGCAUUCACUAGCCUCUCUCCUCGUCAAAUACUGUAAUUAUACACCAGACAAACGCUAUCAAAGGGCUGAUUGGCGUAAAAGACCACUCACUAAACCAAUGUUAGAUUACGCAAGAUCAGAUACGCAUUAUUUAUUAUAUAUUUAUGAUAUAUUACGCAAUACGCUUAUUAAAAAAUCAACCAAAAAGUACAAUAUGCUCAAGGAUGUACUUGAUAGAAGUGCGCAAUUAUCAGCCAAAACUCAUUAUAGGGAUCUUUAUGAUUAUGAAACCGGUAAGGGUUUCAAUGGUUGGUACAAUCUCGCACUCAAAUGGAACAAGAGAAUGGAACCAGCGCUUAUCGAGGUAUUUAGAAGAUUACAUCAAUGGAGAGAUGAAUUGGCUAGGAAGGAAGAUGAAAGUGUUCACCUUGUUCUCUCUAACCAUCAACUUUAUGAUUUGGCACUUAAACAACCAACUACACCGCAAAAAGUUAGCGAUAUUUUCCAAAAGAAAAUUCCACACUAUGUGAGAAGUCAGAUGCGGGAGGUUUGUCAUGUUAUCAACUCAGCUAUCGAAUUCGCAAACACACAUAGUGACAAAUUACAUGAAAUGAUAAUUCCAAAACCGAUGCAAAAACCAAAUAAUGUCCACUUACCAUUCAAGACAGGACUUGAUUAUGAUUUGUGGAACAUUAAUCAGUCACAGCCAAUAUCAUCGAAUACUCUUUCUGAUGUCACACGUAAUAAGCUAUUUGGUCAAGAUAAUUCCAAGCAAGUACCGCAAGCUAGCACUUCGAAACUCUUUAGUGGUGCUACAGAUGCUGUGAAUACAAAGAAAAGUAAAGCAGUUGAAAAAAUUACUUCGUCGUUCGACUUGGUAUCACUUAUUCCUCAUGCUACACCCUCGACUGGGUUUGACUUUGAUGCAUUCGACGAGCACAAGCGACCAAUAGAAUUCAAACCACCACCAAUGCCUGCUCGCGUAGAUGAGGUGCUCAAGGAAGACAAGCAAAGGAUGGAAGAAGAAAACAAGUCAAGUGGAGAUGUCAGUAUGGCUGAAGCUUCUCAAAAGACUAAGGAAGAGAAGAUAGCAGAUAGUAUACCGAUCGAUGCUGGUAUCACCGCAGAUGACAUCGCUACCGUCGGCAAGCAGGCGGAUAAGAAGCGUAAGCGUAAGGAGAAGGGAGGAACCAAGGACAAGGAUAAGGAAGGUAGUAAAGGAGAGAGUAGUAAAAAGGAAAAGACAGCCAAAUCUAGUAGGAAGGACAAGGUGGAUAUUCCAGACUUCGAUUACGACAAGGAGGAGAGUGUACUGGAUAAGCCACUCGAUGACCUGUCGCAAUCAACAAAGAAGCCUAAGAAGCAGCGUUAUAAAGCCAACUUUGAAGGACAAUUCAAGCGACCAGGAUCUUCAAAGAUGCAACAAUCAUCGGGUAACCGCUCGCAUACAUUCAAGUGA